UUUCAGAAUGACGUUAAUGAGAAAGAGCUGACUGCACUUAAAGCUGUGAUUAAGUGCAUUGAAGAUCAUAACCUUGAGGAGCAGUUCCCUGUGGAUCCACUCCAGAAACUGGUAGCUGAAAUAGAGAAAGCAAAAGCAGACAAGAAAAGGGCGACUGAAGUUGCAAAGCCACAACCCAAAAGACCACGUGCCAAUGGUGUUGGUCAUGGGCCUCGAGUCACCAAUUUCCCUACUGACAAGAACUUCUAUGCUAGAACAACAGAUAGGUACCCGCAGUACGUUUAUGACAGGCAAUAUGCCUACCCUGGACCGACCGACCAUCAUGCUCCAUCAUUUAUGGGUACUGCUACUUACAACUUCUCACCUAGUCAUGGAAACUUCUUUGGGAAUGGGUACCAGUACCAGACUGCUGCCUAUUUGCACUAAUCAAGUAGAGAUGGCGCGACCGACUCUGAUAAUGAUCUGUUAACUAUUAGGGUUAACCUGUUUCAAUUUGUUUAAUGUGCAACUUAUCACUGAAUUUAAUGUUUUAAGAAGGGCAAGACAAAUUAGCCUUGUUAAUUUCUAGUCUGUUGUAAAAGCUGAUAUUUCGCUCCUCUAAUACAUGCACUGUUUCUAAUGUUUAUAUUUCUUUCUUAA